CAACAAUUAAUGGGGAUUUAAAUGUUUAGUUUGUAAUAUAAGAACAAAUUUGGAGAUGUCCGAUCAUAUGGAGACUAAUAGAAAUAGCAUCGUUCCUGAUCAUUUUAUCAGUUUAGCACUGAGAUCGAGUCUUCGGUUUUAUGCGAGUGAGGAAGCGAAACCGAGGACGGGGAAACCACGGGAAGUGACAAGUUAGAAGGCUAGCCAUUUCGAGAUUAAUAUAGAUUUUAGAAAUGAAUUAUGCUUUUAUAAGAUAGAUUUUGCCUUGAGAUUUUGAGCUUAAGUGUUGGACAUAGAAUUAAUUUGAAAUAUAUUAUCUAAGUUAUU